UAAACAUUCUAUUAUUGGAAAAAUAAAUGCAGUCUUACAAUCUUGGCAGAUAGGAGGGAUUUUUCUCAUUUCUCUUUCCAGCGAUAUUCUGCCAAUUGAUCCAUUUUUUGCCUGGAAAGUGAAAAAAAAAUGGCUGUUACUCAGCCUCCUUUCAAGAUCCUAGAGAUCAUUGUCUCUUCCGCGCAGGAGCUCCCGCCUGUUUCCAAGAUGUUACGCACGUUUACCGUUGCCUGGAUUCAUCCCGAUCAAAAGCUAAGCACGAGAAUCGAUCAUCACGGCCACACCAAUCCCACCUGGAAUUACAAAUUGGUUUUCCGGGUUGAUGACAAAUUUCUUCGCAAUGAAACAGCUUGUGUAACAUUUGAAAUCUACAAUGUCGCCUGGCUUCGUGACCUUCCCAUUGGAACUGCAUAUCUUUUCAUCAACCACAUCGCGCCGCCUCUAGUGCAGAAUAGCCCCGCUACGCGGCCUGUUUCUCUUUAUAUUCGUAGACCAACAGGGCACCUCCAGGGGAUUCUCCAUGUUGGAGUUAGCCUUAUUGACAACAAUGUUCCGCCCAGUCCCUUGGCGAGCGAAUUAAGCGCUUUGGCGAUUGAGAAUCAGGACAGUUCGGAGAAGGAUGAUGACCCGAGUCUUGAAAAACAAAACAGCAUAAGAGAUUCUGAGAAAGAAAUUGAAAAGGUAGAUGAGACGGUGAAUCCAGUACUUCAAAAACAACCUUCUGUCCAUGGAUAUGGUGAGAUUUCAAUAAAGAAAGACGGAAAGGAGUCGAAAGGUGGAUUGAAAACAAUGCUAAAGAACAAAAGUUUUGCCUCAACCCAUGUAUCAUCAGUUACCAUCAUGCAUCCUUUACCAUCAGAGGUGGCAUUGAGUCUAAAGAAAGGAUUUUAUGCUGCAGACGGGGAUGAGUAUGGAAGUUCAAUAUUCGAGAAUUGGAGCGAGCCUAGUGAUCGCAAUUCUGUUGGAUUGAGAUCAAGAGAUGGAAAAUGGCGAAUGGAGAGUACAACUUCCUCAACAUUAGACAGCGAUAUCCUUAUGCCAACGGAUGAAAAACCACCCCUGAAGAUAGACAAAGCACCCAUUGUGAUAGAAAAAACACCCCUUAUGCCAAAAGUGCAACAGGGCCAUAAACCUUCGCGACCAAAACGAAGAAAGAAUUCAGGUGGAAAAGGAGCAGGAGGGGGAUUGUUUUCGUGUUUUGGCAAAGGUUUUGAGUUCACUUUUGCAUAUGGGUCAAAGACCGCAAAGAAUACCAUACCAAAGAUUCCCCGUCACGAGAAAUUGCAUGUUACGCAUCCUGAUUCUAGAAUGCACAGGUUUCACAUAUGAACUCUAUAGUUCUGGAUGUACAGGUUAUUUUGAUCGCCUAGCUAACUGUGUAUUGUACUCACAUGGCUUUCCAAAGUUCCGAUUUCGUGAUAAGGACUGUGUCUGUCUUAGCUUUCUAAAGUUUUUUCGCCCUGUAUAAUGUACCUGUCUUAUAUAUAUCUUUGAGUACAUAUUUUAAUUUUUCACAGC